AUGAUAUCUUGUGCUGCUAUUCAGAAACUCGAGCGAUAUGGACAACUCGGGCAGAAGCGCCGCAGUACGGAAGACUUUGUGCAGUCAUCACUGAAGGACCCAAAGCGUGGAAAUGUGUACGCCCUCACACAUACAGCAACGUGGAGUGCCUGUUUAGAGGCAUUGACAGGAAAUGAAAAGAAAGACCUGCAGAAGAAUAUGAAGAAAAUGAAAAAGGAAGAGGAAGAAGAAGAAGAAGAAGAAAAGAGUGUGAUGAAUAAUAAUAGCAGGAAAAUGUACCCGACUAAUAAUGAGGAAAUGAAGAAGAAUGAAGAAGAAGAAGGAGAAGUAAUGGAAAAUGAUAUAUCAAUAGCUGCUUUAACCACACCGACCCCAGUCGUUGCUGUGAAUGAUUCUUUAUUGUAUGCUGUGAGUUUCGCCACUGCACUUGUAGCCCAUCAUUUGGAUGAACAGCGAUAUACACAACGGGAGGAUUUAUUAUCAUCUCAACAGCAACAAAGAGAAGUAAAAGAUAGUUUGAAUGGUAAAGUAUUUGGAACUCGUUUAACAGAAGCCGCUGAACUUCUUCAAUUAUUAAGUGAAGUGGCAGAGGCAUGUGGACGUCAUAUUCACAAUCGUAAUGAUUGUUCUUCUGUGAUGACGCAAGCAUUAGCGCACCUUAUCUCAACAGCUGCAGAUACGGUUAUGAUUGCAACUAUUCUUCGACAUACAGAAAAAAAUGAUAUGAAGUCUGAAGGGAAAUUAUUAAAACAAUUAAGUUGUAGUGCCACCGCAUUAUUGGCAGCAGCGGCUAAACAAUUACGAACUGCACAGGCACGACAGCCAUUAAAUUCAUUACAUAAUGUUCGACCUUGUCCAACCCUACUUCAUCAAUUCCUUACAAGGGUAAAAUCUAUGAACUCCACAAGUUUAGGAACAACAACAAUAUCAUCUUCAUCAACAUCAAAGUGUGGAGAUAUAUAUAUGGCUGAACUUCAAGCAGAGGAGAAUGGUGCCACUGUGACAGCACGAAUCCUUUCAUGGGCUAAAUUAACCCGAUCUGGAACUCUCAUAGCCGCUUUCACACCUUUUACUGUAUUUCAAAAACUAAGUUUGGUAGAUGCAUUGGUGUCUGAGGCUCCAGCAUGGUGUUGUUGUAUGGAGGUGGAAAAUUACCGUCGUGUCUUGUCUCUAUUGGUUUCUAGUGCGGCUUGUAAUCGUGCUACUCGUAUAGUUGUAUACUUUCGUGGAGAUGAUAUUAAACUCAUUCAAAAUAAUGUGCGGGAUAGUGCGGAGUAUGCCCUACACACACAUGUCACAACACCACCAGUGGAAGAAUCCAUAUGGAGAUCCCUGGCGGAGUUAUCCACUGAAAAGGCAGAAGAAGAGAAAAAACAGGAAAAAGAAAAAGAAAAAGAAUCUCAACAACAACAACUUUAUGGAGUUCUUCUUCUUACGCAAUGGAUGGCAAGUAUUCCAUUCUUUUACCGUAGUUUCUGUGCGGAGCAGAGCUGGGUUGUAUUUGCGCAAGAGCAGCGACGGAUGGUGUUGUUGCAGGAACGUCAGGCACGACGUCAACGACGGGAAGAGCGAAAACGUGGAAUUCCUAGCGGUAAAUCAUCUACUGUAGAUGAACAGGAACGUGAGAGAAGUUUGGGUGGUAUUAGCAGCAGCAGUAGUACGAAAAAUGAUGGUAAUAAUAAUAAUAAUAAUAAUAAUAAUAAUAAUAAUAAUAAUAAUAAUUCGGAUGAUGAUAAUGAUGAUGAUGAACGUCGAUCUUUACUUUCACAUCAGAGUGCCCUUUCACUUGCGAGUCGGGCAAGUAUGCUUUCCACCAUGUCAAAGACUUCCAUGGCUUCUUACCGCACUUUUAUUUCUGUAAUUGAUGCGGCCCGUAAUGGUGGUAUUGGCGGAGGUGAUGAUAAUACCAUGGAUGGACAAGACCUUUCAUUACAAGUUCAUCAAUCCGAAGAUAAUAAUACAAAUCUACCUUUAAUUCUAUUAGAGGAACUUACACUUGCCUUACAACGAUUUGUGGAAGCUGCAAGUGAGAAUGGUGCUUCUCAUAUUUUAGAUAAAUUUGGUCUUCGUGCGCUUGCAUGGCGAACGAUUGGUGAGAUGUACACAUUUAUUCAAAGUACUAUUACAAGUUCUACCGUUACUUCAAUAACGGCAUCAUCAACUACAGCAAUUCCACCUUCUAUGAAUAGUAAUGGUGCUAUUGUUGGUAGUAAUAAUAAUAAUGAAAAUAGUACUAGUAAACCUAGUUCUACUGAGACACCCACUGUAUUUCACAUGGGUCAUGAUAUCCGUUACAAUAAGGGUCUUGGAUAUGAAGUACUUGGAUUAUUAUUUGCAAAGGUUAUUUUACCUCAAUUAUUAAAUGUCCAUGGUGGAUCUCGAUCGGCUAGAAGAUUAGAAGAAGCCGCCCUUACACGUUGUCUUUCCGCUUAUGAAGUUAUUGCCCCUCAAGUGAUUGAUCAAAAUAUACCAGCAAUUCUACAAGUAGCGGCUCAUGUAGCUAAUGCAGCAGUCCAACAACAACAACAACAACAACAGGAAGAAGAUGAGGAAGAAAAUGAAAUUCAUAGAAAUGAUACAGCCACUAUGUUACAUGAAUUUCUUAUAAGCCUGGUAGAUCGAUUAGGAAAGAGUAAUCAAAUUCCACUUUUAUUAGAUGCCAUGGUUUCUCAUGUAAAGGCAGAAGGUAAAGCCGAACAGGAAAAGGAAGAAAAUAAUAAUAAUGAUUAUGAAGAGGAUAUGAAUAAAGAUAAGGAUGGUACCACAACGGCUGGUUUACAUGAAAUAUUUGCCCAUCCAAGAGUUCGAGCAGCACUUCUACAGGCGUGUAGUAUUUCACUUGAUCCAGAGAAUUUAUUGGUCCAUCUUCUUGCCUAUAUAUCCCGUUGGGCUUCUGUAGAUGAUGAUGAUGAUGAUGAUGAGGAUAAUGAUGAAGAAGAAGAAGAAGGGAAUGCUGGUGUUAAGAAGAAUGAUCAUAAUAGUAUGAUGACUGGUGGGAUGGGAACUGGAAAUACAAUGUGGAAAUCGCAAGUAACCACUACACUUUCAAAAUUACAACCGCAGGAAACUCUAUUCUUACUUGAUAUAGUAGCUACUGUAUUGGAGGGGGUUAUUGCAACAUCUAUUACCGCCAGUGCUCUUUUAGAGCGUGCGGUAGAGUUGGAACUUAUACUUUCCACCUUCCUUGUUAAUCGUCUACAUAAAGUAUUCUUUCUUAACAAUAACGAAGAAGGGGAAAAAGAAGAAGAAGAAGGAGAACACCAGAAGGAGGAGGAGAAAAAAACAAAAGAGGAUUCUGUAUCAUUUGUAUUUGCGAGUAAUGUAAUUGUACGUCCUUCUAUGCAACGUCGUCUCAUGUUGUAUACACUUCAUGCUAUUUAUCAAGCACGAGAGUUGGUUUCCUGUUGUCUGCAGGAUCUUGGUAUUCACAAUGUGGAGGCAUAUCUACAAAUGUUAGAAGAAACUGUCUGGCAUGUACAUACAAAUGUCGGUGCCCUUGUUGGUCCACUCACUAUGGAAGAUUUACAUGUUACUAUGCGACUCUCUACUCACAUGCGGCAUGCCCCGUAUGUUCAUCGUGCGGUUUUAUUACCACAACUCGCCCUGCAGCGACUUACAUUAGCGCGUUCAGUCUCUGUAGCGUUAAAUAUGAAUGUUACUCCGGCCGUAGAGGCGAAACGAUUGGUGGCUUUUGUGUUGUGUCAUAUGCGGUUUGUGAGUGAUGGGGGAUAUAUUGUGGAUGAAGAUCCUUUACAGGCCUUACAAUUAGCAGAUCGCAUUAGUGAAGAGGAAUGGCGUUGUAUUGUUUACUUUGGUAGACCAAAGCGUGUACGUGAGGCACUUGUUUGGCUUUUACGUGUAAGUUUUUCAACAUCUAUCCGCUCUAAUAAUAAUAAUAAUAAUAAUAAUAAUAAUAAUAAUAAUAAUAAUAAUACGGUUGAGAAGAGAGAUGCCUGGCAAUCUGUACAGUGGCUUUCACACUGUCUCACACACUGUGCUGGUUUCCUCUUGGAGGCGUUGUGUGAUGUUGUUAUGAGUGUAACAGACGAGGAGGUUCAAUCGUCUGUUCGCAGUGUAGAGACAUUAGAGAAUUCAAAGAAAGAAACAUCUCAACAAGAAGAAAAAGAAGAAGAGGAAGAAAUAACAUUAGUGCGACUCUGUGCGGCCUUAGGGGAUGUAUUACGUCGAGUGGGGCAUAUCCCGCAGUGGCCCUCACUUCUUCAGCGUAUUGUUCACUGGAUAUUAUUACUUGCCAAGGAGGAAGAAGAAGAAAAAGAAAAGGAAAUGGGAAAAAAGAUAAAAGGAAAGAAUAAGAGUAUGAAACUUAAACGAUGUCGUGUACUUCAAGAACGACUCUUGCAGUUGGUAAUGGAUUUUCUCUCUUGCGAGAGUGGAGUUCAAUCACUUUUUCGUCGUAUCUUACUUCAACCAGAGGAAGAAUCUCAAGAAGAACAAAAUGAAAAACUUCCUGUACGACAUGCUGGACGUAAAACGCAUAGAGAUAAGGAUUAUGAAAAUGAAGCUUUUAUAAAGGCUAUUGAAGUACCUUUUAUCCCAUCUACUAUUAUGCUGCAAACGAGUACGGCUUCUGUAAAUCCUAAUCCUCAUAAAAAUGAAGAGGAGGAGGAAAAUACAGAAGAUAAGGAAGAUGAUAGAGAAACAAGGAUGAAACAGACAGCAAAGGUUUGUCGUCUUCUUAUUCAACAAAUCUUUUCAAAGGAAUUUGCACUCUUGUUAGUACGUUACUGUCAAGGUAACUCUACAGAUAUAAACAGUUCUGAAACUAGAAUGUUUGGAGCGAAUAUUCUUUCUCAGCUUUAUAGUACAGCAUUAACAGCUCUCUCUCGUGGAGAGAAAACAACACAUGGGUCAUCUUCUUCUUCUUCUUUAUCUUCUGCACAGAUCUUUACAGUGGCUACUGUGCAGGCAUUACGUGAUUGUUGUCAUGCUGGUGAUUUCACUUCUUUAUCCACUUUCUUAACUGCUAUGAAUGGAAGUCCUGUCGCUUUUGUGAAUUACUCCCGUGUGGAGAAGGCAGAAGAAUUGGAAGGAGGAUCUGCACGUAAACGUUAUUGCCGUGAAUCCAUUGAGACUACACAGAUUGAGACUUCAGGAGAUGCAUCUCUUACACGAAAAGAGAAAAUGAAUAAGAGUAAUAAUAAUAGUAAUAGUAGUAAUAGUAAUAGUCAUUCAAAGAGUAAAGAUGAAAAUGAAGUUUCUGAUCUUUCCCACACGACAGAAGAAGAGAAAGGUAUGAUUUUUCAUGAAGUUUCAUUACAAUGGAUGGAUCUUCUUAGUACACUUUUUCUUCAGGUAAUGCAGAGUCUCUCUACAAGUGAAAUAAAUAAGAAUGAAUCUCUUUUAUCUGCCUUUACUUCACUUUAUGUCUCUCUUGGGAGAGUACGUGGAUGGACUCCACGGCCAAACAGUGCCAAUGUAAAACGAGUCAUGAGAAGUAAAGACCAUCAUUAUUCAUCUCAACAUAAACGACGUUCAUCUCAUCAACAACAAGAACAAGAAGAAGAAGGAGAGAAUAAUAAUAAUAAUAAUAAUAAUAAUAAUAAUAAUAAUAAGAGUGUGGGUAGUCUUGCUGCAGCUUCAAUAGCGGCACCGCGUGUAGCCCAAGCAGUGAAGGAAUUAUCUCAUCUCUUUGCACCUACGGAUACGGCGGCUAGGCGUUGUAGUCUUUCCAUACUUGUUUCUAUGCUCACUUCACACAGUACACAUGCCCUGCGAACACUGUGGGUAUUGUGUAUAGCCCAUGAGGAACGUAGUCAUCUCGCUCUUGAUAUCUCAGAUGGAAUGAAUAAUGAUAAUAAUAAUAAUAAUAAUAAUAAUAAUAAUAAUAAUAAUAACAAUAAUAGGAGUAAAAACAAGAACAAUAACAGUAACAAUAAAAAUAAGAAUAACAACUGGCUUGCGGCGGUGUUAAGUUGUUUUGAUCCACGUGAACACUACAGUUCUUCUCAUAAGGAUGUAAUGCAGAAACUUCUCCAUGCGGCGGAAACAGCAGUGAUGCGAGAGAAGAAUCGUCCAUUAUUUAUUCUCUCAGCAUUACAGCGAGAGCCGGUCUGUUAUAGUGAUCUAGCCACAGAGUGGUUAAUGGAACAAUUACGUGUAAUACCUUCAUUAUUGUUAUUAUUAUUUUCUAAUGAAACCGCAUCGGCGUUACUAUUACCGCAGGAGUAUAUGCAUGGGCUCUUACAUGAAGCCAUUUCACUCACAUCCAUAUCCUCUCAAUCUCAAUCUCAAUCUUCUUCUUCUUCAUAUGCAUUGAAUUUGGGGAGACAUAAACAAUUACUAUUAACAGCAAGUGAGGCCCUUCAACAACUCAGUGUUGUUCCUCAUAUGCGAUUUAGUGCCUGGCGUGCGGAAAUGAAGCGUCUACUCGUGGCGAGUGGAGCAACCGCUCUUCAUAGUGUUGACACUAUUAACAGCAAUCAUAAUAAUAAUAAUAAUAAUAAUAAUAAUAAUAAUAAUUCUAUAGCUUUGUGGUGUCGUGUGUUAGAGCUCUGUGCCCUUCCUCUACCGGCACUUCAUCAGGACGAUGUGUUUGUUGAUCACGAACUGAGUUUUGUGCAUAAUGUCCUCUCUGGCCGUAGUAUUGCACUCUGCAGUAAAGAUGAGGAGAAAUUGUUAUUACGAGUAUUACGAUUAUUUGCCCGUACAUUAUUACCACUUGGUGUACUCUGGCGUCGGCCGCAUUUAUUGCCGACUCUUUUAUCUGAACUUCUCACUCGUUGUUUAGAUGGUGUGGGCCAUGGACACUGUGGUCGUGUGGUGUUAAAUCAAUUAUCAUCCUUCUUCUUUCAACUGGUAAAGGAUGCAACCCAUGGCAGCAAUCACAAUCAUCAUUAUCAUAAUAAUUAUAAUAAUUAUAAUAAUAAUAAUAAUAAUAAUAACAAUACUUCUGCUGGUGCUUCCAUGUCGGUGAAAACACUUUGUCUUGCGGCGAUUACAUCUUGUCUUUUCCGUCUCUCUGCAUCUUAUGUAGAUGUCUUCACAACUCACAGCAGAGAUGUGGAUUAUCUUGCGGUGGACUUUUUGAAGGCAUUACAGCAAGUUCACUUACCUAGACGUCGUACACCUUCGGCAUUACGUCAUCCUCCUAAAGAUACCUCUUCACGUCGUAAAGGAGAAGAAAAAGAAGAGGGAGAAGAAGAAGAAGAAGGAAAUAAUAAUAAUAAUAAUAAUAAUAAUAAUAAUAAUAAUAAUAAUAAUAAUAAUAAACAGAAGGAAAAGAAGAAGGAUGAAUCUACACAACCGUGGAUUUGGUCAGAUGCUACGAUGUGUGAUCUUAGUUAUGCGUGUGUUGGUAAUGAUGAUGGUCAGAGUUUACUGCGGCAGGCAGCUGAGCGAGUGGAGGAGGAAGAUGGAAAUGGUGAACGGCAGAUAUUUAUAAUUCCAAAGUAA